GCACAAGUAGUUGAGGUCAAAGCGACACUAGUUGAAUUAGAGGAUCUCUCCAAAUGUGCUAAGAAGCCCAAUUUCAUGCCAAACCUUUUGGGAUACGAUAUUUCAUGCGUUGUAGUACUUCUUAUUUUUGCAUUUGUCAUGCCUUUCUUUUCAUUUAAUCUUUAUAAAGAAUUUGGUUGGAAUGUUUAUAAAAUUAUCGGUGCUGAUCUUGAAAUGCAACGUAUAUAUAGGGAUUAUUUAAAUUUCUUGAUGUUGCUGAAUCUUAACCUGCUGUUCAUAUUCAUGAUUCCUUUAUCGAUCAACACUCUUGUUUAUAAUUGGCAAGAUAGAGAAUUUACGACCUCAUUAAUCAAAACUCUUGUUCAUAAUUGGCAAGAUAGAGGAUUUAUGAUCAGUUCAAUAAUAUGUUAUUUGGUCGUUACGGUCUUGACGCUUAUUUUGGAACGUCUGAAAGAUGGACCAAAUUUGUGGCGCAGACUUCCUGUACUAUAUUGGACCUAG